UACAUGUGCAGUUUCUGUUGUAGCAGGCAGCGCGUGUUUACUUCCAAGGUUAAAUUCGUACGCGGCUUUUCGCUGGCGCAGUCGGGAGUUCUGCGUCUUAAAUGGUAAUAAGGUAACGAUCGGAAAUCAUAGUGCCGUCCGUUUAGCAGGCAAUAAGCGUGCACUCGUAAGCCACUCUAGAUGCCCGACCAUGAGCUUGUGCGUGUGCGCGUGCCGGUCGGCGGUUCAGCUGGAGAAGCUUCUCAGGAGCACGCUGACCUUUCCGUGCGCACGCCGCAUGUACUACGCCAGCGGCGGCGCGAGAGACAAGAAGAAUCGGACCGUGCUCAUGUACGUCACUUCGAUGACUGUGCUCGUCGGUGGGCUCAGCUACGCGGCCGUACCGCUGUACAGGAUGUACUGUCAGUCAACGGGCCGGGGCGGCCAAGCAUUUGCGACCGAGGCCGGUGAGAAAAUCGAGAAGAUGGACCGCGUGAGCCAUCGUCAGAUCCGGGUCAACUUUGCCGCUGACAUCGGCUCGGGGCUGCGGUGGAACUUCAAGCCACGCCAGGCGGAUAUUGUGGUCGCCCCCGGUGAGACCGUGCUGGCCUUCUACACAGCGCGCAAUCCAGGCGACAAGCCCGUUACUGGCAUCGCCACCUACAACAUCUUACCCUUCGAAGCUGGAAAGUACUUCAACAAGAUCCAGUGUUUCUGUUUUGAAGAGCAGCGCUUGAACCCCAACGAACAGGUGGACAUGCCAGUGUUCUUCUACAUCGACCCGGAGUUUGCGGCUGACCCACUGCUAGAGAACUGUAAUGACAUCACACUGUCGUACACCUUCUUUGAGGCCAAGCCGGGCAUACAGCUGCCUCUGCCCAACAUCCGGUGAUGCCAAUGCGCCUCGUCUAGUCUCAGGACUCCUUCACAACGUGCUGCAGGAGGCACACAAUUCACGCUAGUUAGUGUGUAAAAUGAACUUUUUUUGUUGUUGUUACAUGCAACGUUUGGAUGAUGUCCAUGGCACACCUUCUAACUGUGAACCAGGGGUUGUGGCGUUUGGUUGCUGAUCUUGGUCAAUGGGUUUGAUCCUGGGCUCUUACACGCAACCCAAUGGGGGUGGAAUAAGAAAAAAUAAAACGAUCAAUCAUG